AUGGAGUGCUGCAAGAAAAUUAUAACAAGAAUUAGGCUUAUUAAGAAGUUGAAAUGUGCUGUUUCUCUUACAUUCUUGUUCUCGGCUUGUUGCGUUUACGCAACUCGGAAUAUUGUCGGUCACGAAGCUUCUCGUUUUUACGAGAUUUCGUGUUUGUCGACUCUCAAAACUGUUAACGAUUGGUUCGAGUCAAAAUUUCAAAAUUUGGAGGGAAACGGGAUUUGGGGGCCGAACGAUUGGGUACGACCGAGCGUGAGCAAGCCAAGAAGGCUAUUGGGCGGGCCGGGCUCAUCGCCCCCAAGGUGCAACUCGAAAUGCGGGAAGUGCAAGCCGUGCGAGCCGGUUCACCUGCCGGUGCCCCCGGGUACACCCAUCACUGCAGAGUACUACCCGGAAGCUUGGAGGUGCAAGUGCGGAAGCAGGUUGUACAUUCCCUAG